AUGCAACACAUCUCCAUACUCAGAGACUUUAUCCAGACUUUACUACACAACUUCAUACUCAAGAGACUGUAUCCUGACUUUGCUACACAACUCUGUGAACCACUGUGCAACUGCAAGGACAGCGAGGAGGAGGAACAUGACGUGGACUGGGCCGCGAUCUGUGCAGCGUUCUGUGUCGACGGAUACACUCUUGGAGGAUGCCCGUUGUGCAACUCACCGGCGACGUCCAAUCCCGUCGCGUACCAAGCGUCGCGAGUGCUCAACACGUCCGAGGGAUGGCAGGCGUGGUGCAACGUGCAGUGCCGUCACGGACACGGCGGCGCCGCGUGCAACUGUGACAGGUCACCGUUUAGCGCGUAAC